CGAGCGCCGAAGCGCGUGUAUCGAGCUUCGGGAUCGCAACGAGCGCACGUAAUCUGCUUCAUCCGCCGAUCUUCUUAAGCACAGCCAUGGAGGAAAGUCAGUUCUUGACCGAUACCGGUGAACAGUCACAGCUGCUUCUGAGCAGCACAGUCGACAGCAGCUUAGCCGCCUCAAGUGAUGAGGACCGAAGGGCUACCGGCAUCACACAAUUCUGCUUGGUAGCAUUCUGCUUGCUUCUCGUUGUCCUGGUCGGCGUUCUGGUGGCCGUCUCCCUGAACUCUGAUUUCGAUGAGGAUGAAGUUGCCGAUACUGAGGAAGACAUCUCUGGCGGCAGCGAUGGUGGCAGCCGAACCGGUGGGAGCGGAGGAAGUACUUCAAGGCGGCCACCACUCCUUGUGUAUUUAACGCCUCGCACGACAGGCACAGGAGAUCAGAGGAGGACAGUUCCACGAGGACAGGCACGCCCUGGAGCACCGACAGAACCUGGAAUAACGGCAGGCACUGGAGAACCCGAGGGCACUGCAGUACCGGAAGACCCUGGGGUAACAACGGGUACUCGACCACCAGCCCGUCCUAGAGUACCGCUAACCACCCUGCCCACGACCACCAGUAGAAUGUUAACAAGCAAACCUACAAGCCCACCUACCACGCCGACUACAACAUCUACUCCAAAAAUUACGACUACAACAUCUACUCCAAAAAUUACGACUACAACAUCUACUCCAAAAAUUACGACUACGUCGAUACCAAUAACGACAGUGGAUCCCAAUACGAAGAGGCCACUGCCGCUCGACUCACUGAUUUGCACGCUAGAAUCGCCAUUCCGAAGACAUCUUUUGGGAGUCCCACCGGACGGGCUUUGCUCGAUUGUGGUGGCCUACCCGUUCUACGAACCUUUUGGCUUGGAGCUCUUCCCAACAAAGUAUUACUCGUUCCGGAAUUUUGACAUCAUCGUGGAGAAUGCCGAAAAGCAGAACAAGACGGAGUUUGGAAUCGGCAUCACUUACAAGUUUUGUAAGAACGUUGCCAACAUGACAGCACUUGCCAACAAUCCCAUGACCAAGACAACACUGGACUAUUUGUGGACUAAGCGGUUUUACCACUACGGACAAGUUAACCCUCCUCUAGCAAAUUAUGGCGGAUCCAUACAAGAAGUCAACAGCAACUGUGUCAAAGGACUACAGAUGCUCUUCAAUUUGAUGAAAGACAAACAUGACAACGUCAAUCGGCCAAGUUACAUCAUACUCUCCUUCCCUUUGUUUGCUCCGGAAAAUUUUCCUAACCUUGGCCAGGCAUUAAGGAAUCAUUCAGUGGACAUUUUUAUUGCUGUGGGGUACCACUCGGAUCGAGACAACCAUUACCAUGCCUGCCAUAUGGUUUCACCAACCUUGCUGAACAAGCAACUUCUCACACCUGACCUCUACGGUAUCUAUAGCGUCCGCCUCGCCAACGUCAUGAGCAGCUUGACAACGAGCCCCGCGGCAUGGCCACCAACCACUUCGUUUGCUGUGUCCGUGGGCCUGGAAGGUCGUUGGUAUAAGCCAAAGGACCGAGACCAUGACCCCAACGGGCCCGGGAAUUACCAGCUUGGAAUGCCGUGCAGAAAUGAGUUACCUCACGGGUUCACGAAGCAGACAUCAGACAUUAUACAGGCCUGUCGUGACCAACGGUACAACACGACAUUUAAGAUCGACCAGAAGUUCCAGGCGAUGGUGGGUUACAACAAGGACCACGGCUUUCUCUUCACCUUCGACACAGCCGAAACACUUCGGUCAAAGUUGUGUGAAGCGAAGAGCAACGCGACAGCUACGAAGUUUUACAUCGCUGCUGCCGUCAUCGGAGCUGAAGACCACGUUAACACGUGCGGAUUAGGAGCGUUGAGACGGUUGCACAUGCUCAAGGCUCUGGCGCAUUUCUUUGCGUACAACUACACCUCAGCCGCGCAAAAGUCAGCAUGCCUCCUGGUCAACCCUUAGAUAGAGGGAGACUGACUAGUCACUUCGCAGCGUCUGCAACCUGCGCUGCGAUUUUGCUUCAGUUUUUUUUUUUUUUGCCCAAUGGUAAAAAAAAAACCGCCAGCGGUUUUUCAUGCGCAGAUUAGUAAGCAAUAAAAUUUCCUGAGUAGAUAAGAA